GAUUUUUUAAUGUGACAAUUUACAUGUAUGGAUCUUUUGUCGAGGUUGCUGGUCGUUGGUGCUUUUUAAGGCCAAAGCCUCAAAUGAACUUCAAUAUUAUAGACCUAUACUAGAUACAGUACAAUAAUAAAUCAUGUCUAUGACAUAGGCUACAAUGACAAUUCUGAUAUUGUUCCUUGUUCCUAAACCGGACUGCACCCCAACUGUUCCUUUAUCUGCAGUUCUGUGUUUUGCCCACCUGAUGGUGCUACAGCAGCUUCAUAAUGUGCAGCAAUAAAUAGAGACGUUCAACAGGAGAGGAUCAAUUAUAACGAUAUUACCUAUUAAAUAUGUUCAUUUUCCGCAAAUCUCACAAAUAAAAUUGCUGUUUGAGAAUCUAAUGUUUUUUGUUUCGUGACUGACAUCUAAAGUCUGCUCUGUGACUGAUGAAAACACACAGGGAACUAUAAAUGACUCAUAUACAGGCCGAGGGAUGACUCGUCACGUUCUAAGAGCAUCUUAUGGGACACAUUUUGAUUUGAUCUGAAGUUCUCCACAGGUUAACAUGGGCUUCAUAUCUGGCCUCUGUGGUCGGACUCCAGCAUGCUGUUUGGACCAGGCUCCUCCAGGUGAGAUGUGGGCUGACGGGCCGCCAUGUUCACCGAGUGGACCAGAACGUUCCACGGUUGCCAUGGUUCGUCUCCAGGUGCAUCAUUGGGUCCGGACCAAAACAUUUGCAAGACUCCGAAAUAUUUUCAAAACAUUUCUACUCCAACUGGACGAUUCAUCUACGGAAAAAACAUCAACUGAAGACCCUUGUUCAAGACUCAGUGUCACUGACAAGAGGACUUUGUCAAGAAAAAAACAGUCAUCAACAGAGAGCAGAGAAAGCCCUGCAGACAGACGCUUGUCCUCCAGAAAAGAUGGCGCAGCGUACGGUGAGGAAGGCUAUCCUCAUCGAGGCCCUGCCCAUCAGACCACAGGACGUCCGCCUCAGGGUCCCAGCACCAGCCUCCCGCAGCAGCUGCCCAAAAAGGUCAGAUCGCUCCUCUCGUAGCUCUGCUUCUGGCGCUACCGCUCGCUCCUCCUCUCGCCCUACCUUGGGCUCUUCAUCAAGCUCUUCCUCUCGCCCUUCUUUGACCACCUCCUCUCGCCCUUUUUCAAACUCCUCUCACCCUUUUUCUAACUCCUCUCACCAUUCUUCUAACUCCUCCUCUCUCCAUUCUCUUAGCUCCUCCUCUCGUCCUACCUUGGGCUCUUCAUCAAGCUCUUCCUCUCGCCCUUCUUUGACCACCUUCUCUCGCCCUUUUUCAAAUUCCUCUCACCCUUCUUCCAGCUCCUCCUCUCACCAUUCUUCUAACUCUUCCUCUCACCCUUCUCUUAGCUCCUCCUCUCGCCCUAUCCUGGGCUCUUCUUCAACCACCUCCUCUCGCCCUUGUUCUUACUCCUCUUCUCGCCCUACCUUAGGCCCUUCUUCAACCUCCUCCUCAUGCCCUUUUUCUAAGUCCUCUCACCCCUCUUCUUGCUCCUCCACUCACCCUACCUUGGGCCCUUGUUGUACUUCCUCCUCUCUCCCAUCUCCUAGCUCCUCCUCUUGCCCUACCUUGGGCCCCUCUUCGACCUCCUCCUCUCACCCUUCUGGCACUUCUGCCUCUUUGGUGUCCAAUGUUCCUGCCCGGAUCACUUCACGAAAGCGGCAGAAGGCGUUCACUUCUAUCUGGCCUAUACCUAAGGGGCCGUGUAGGCCUCAGCCUCCAUGGAGCGGCCCUAAGCCAAAGUUAGUCCAGAACCAGCAGCUGUGGCGCGGCCCUGAACCGGAGUGGGUGAGGAAUGUAAGGCUGGACAUGGAGGCGAGGGAUCAAUAUUUUAACAGGUGGUUCAAGAGGAGCGCAGAACCUGAAGGUGAGCCUGUUGGUGAGCCUCCAGGUAAGCGCCUCUGUCCCUUGAAUUGAAUUAUAAUUCAGUUUAUUUUUCUCAUUGAAUUGAACUAAAAUCAUUGAGGGAUUUAUUUGAUUGAACUGAAUUGAAUUAGUUCCAAUGGGCUGAACCACUUUUUAAAAUUUCUUUGUCAAGGUUCAAGGGAAGAUUCACCCCUUUACAGGGUGUGAGGAUGCAAGGAAAGCAACUGAUUUGAAUUUAUUUGAGUUGCCUUGUAUUUAAUUCCUUUGAAUCUGUUUUUUUAAUUGAUAGCUACAAUGUAAGAAGUGAAGGAGAAACAAGGAAAGCACUUUAGUUGAAUUUAUUUAAGUUGCAUUGUUUUCACCUUCUUUGAAUCAGAUUUAUUUGAAUCAGCUUUUAUGUAUUUGAGUUGAGUUGCCUUGUGCUGCAUCGUGUCGCGUUGCGGUAAGAAUUGUGUCCUUGAAGAAGAAGAAGAAAAAGAAGAAGAAGAAAGAAAGAAGACGAUGAAGACUAACAAGAAAUGAAAAGAAACAAAAGAAGUAGAGAAGAGACAGGACAGGAAGUCACAAUCAAAGAAGAGAAGAAGAAGAGAAGAGGGGAGAAACAGGACAAACCAGAAGAAACACAAAAAGAGAUGAAGAGAGGGACAGAUGGGAAAUUAAUGAUUCAAAGAAGUGGAAUAAACAAGAGAACGUGAUUGGGAAUUAGACUCCGUCAAGAAGAGAAGAAACGUGGUGAUAUGUGAAGAGACAAGAAAAGAAGAAAGAACAGGGAGCGUGAAUCUUCUCAUGUAAAAGGUAAUUAUUACAUGUUCAUAUCAGAUUUCAUGCAGUAUUUAAUUAUGACUCUGUACGUGAUAUGUAAACAACCAUCAUUGUCUUUCAUCUGUCUUCUAGAAAGGAAAGUAGAGACUGAGAGGACGGGGAGGGACGGUGGGCAAUAUCAAGUGUGAA